GAGCUGAUGUCUGCCACAUUCUCCAAGCGCAGAAAGGAGAUCGUAGGGGAUCAACCUCUCAUCGGGGAUGUCAUGACCAGAUGGCCGGCCAUGUUCUGUGAGAGACAGGUUCGGGCGGAGUUCAAAAGAAUCGUAAGCACAGACCUUCUUGAGUCAUUCCUCAACAGACUUGAUGACCUGGUACCAAGACUGCUUGAAGUGUACGAAGCUGUGACCAAGUCGGGGAAGAAGCCUGCACUGAAAGCCAUUUUAGACUGUGUGAAGAAAGAUAACACAAACGAAAGGAGAAGGACUGCUGCUCUACUGGGUCUGCCACACUACCUAUCCGAAGACCCAUCCGACAUCAUUAGGAUGUGUGAUGCCCAUGGUGAGAGUCUGGCUGCAGCCAUGAAGGGGAUGCAACUUGGCCUACUGAUAGGCUAUGAAGGUGACAACCAGGAUGCCUUUCCAGAGGUCUUCGAUGUGGCAGUUGUGGUUGAAGAAAACAUUGUGCUACACAACUUCAAGGAUGUGCCAUCCAGCUUCACCAUGCUUCUGGGGAUCAUCUACUGCGUUAACCUUGAGUAUCCACGAGCCAUGAAGUAUUCCUUUGAGUUCCUGCAGAAGGUAGUGAUGAAGAUCAAACCAGAUGAGGCCUCUGCCAGAGUCCACGGUGUCCGAAACAAGCUCCUGAGGUAUAAACUGUAAAGCAUGCCCCACUCGGGAAUGGAAUGGUAAUGCAAAAAAAAUGACGUGAUUUUGUGUUUUUGUUGUUUUACUGUUGUAGUGUACGUUCAUGUUGUUUUACUGUUGUAGUGUACGUUCAUACACGCAAAUGCCCAGAGUGGGAAACUACUGUUACUGUACUGUACAUUCA